CCCUUUCCCUGCGUGGGACAACCGCGCGCCCCCAGCUUUGGCUGUCUGUCGCUGCCUGUGGCGGCCGCGCCUGCUUGGAGAGAGCGCGCCAGGUGCUGUGUUCUCCUCUUGCAGGUUUUACCCUAGCAGGAUCAAGGGCCGCCGGGCGAAGUCCGCAAACCGCCUAGAUCCUGAGCCCUUUAGCUCGCCUCAACAGGACGAUCCUUUGCAGAGUUACUUUGCAGAGUCAGGCUGACGAAAUACGGUUUACUCCCAAUAAGUUCCAUUCGAUAUGGGUUCUUCCCAAUAUUUCAUGAGACCCGAGGAACGGGGAGUUGAUGGAAUCGCCACUUUUGUAUGCCUUGGAAAGUUGUUUAACAGGAUGACACUCUGCAAACUAAUCUUUCCCCACCACCAUUGCAUCUCUGCUUGGAAAAGCCAAACCUUUUGAAUUUCUUCCUUGCCAUGGAAAAGGUGGCACUACAGGCUCACCAAAAAGAAAUUCCUUGCAUUUUAAAGUUCCAGUUCCUUCUACCUUGCAACAUGCAAGCCCUUCUCCCUACACCAUGUGUGCAGAGAUGCAGAAUCCAUCUUCAUCCAGCUAGAUGGAUAGAUUAGAGAUCCUAACUCCUCACUUUCCUAUCUAGAAUGGAGUUAUCUAAUAAAUACUAUAUAUAUUGAACUGAAACCAUGAACUGCCUCAAAGUUACUUUACUCUUAGCAUACACGCAUGCCUAACUAGAUUCCACUGUGUUGUGCCUCUGUGCACUCUGCUAUAAUGAAAAAGGGUUUCUCCUACCAGAGAGAAUUCCCAACAGGUUAUGGGCCCAGUAUUUUGAGCUGCGUGUACUACAACUAAAGAGUUAGGUUUGUUCCAGGAGAUCCAGUGAUAUCUAGCCGUGGACACUUUGAAUUGCUAAUCUACAGCAGCUUCCCUUUUAUGGAGCUCAGUGAGGAUGGCUACUUACCUAGAGGGAAAGUACAGAUCUGAAAUUGUAUGGAAAGUCCCAGUCAGAAAUCAAAUCACUGCUAAACACUGUCCAUAUAUUCAGUAGCAAUAUAGCAAUGGAGUUUGGACUAGACAAGUGUGCUGCAUUAAUAAUGAACAGAGGAAAAAUAACAAAAACAGAAGGGAUAAAACUGCCCAGUGGAAGCAACAUCAAGAACCUGGAAGAGAAAGAACAUUACAAAUACUUGGGCAUUCUCCAGGCUGAUAACACUGCACAUACUGAAGUUAAAAGAAAAAUUGGAAGUGAAUACAUCAGGAGAGUUAGAAAAAUCCUCAAGUCCAGACUCAAUGGUGGGAACACCAUACAAGCCAUAAACACCUGGGCUAUACCUGUUAUCAGAUACACUGCAGGAAUAAUAGACUGGACCCAGGCAGAGCUAGAGACGCUGGAUCGUAAGACCAGAAAAUAAUGACCAUCAAUCAUGCUCUGCAGCCCCACAGUGAUGUAGAUAGGCUAUACCUCCCUCGCAGCUCAGGUGGAAGAGGAAUGCUGCAAGUCCAUCAAACAGUAGAGGAGGAGAAAAGAGGCCUUGAAGAAUAUAUCAAGGACAGUGAAGAAGAUGCACUUAAAAAGGUCAAUAAGGAGAAACUAUUCAACACCAAUGAAACAAAGCAGGCCUACAAGAAAAAACAAGUCAAGAACCGAGCAGAAAAAUGGAGAAAUAAGCCGCUGCAUGGUCAAUAUUUGCACAAUAUAAGUGGAAAAUCAGACAUCACCAAGACCUGGCAAUGGCUUAAGAAUGGCAACUUGAAGAAAGAAAUAGCGGGUUUAAUACUGGCUGCACAAGAACAGGCACUAAGAACAAAUGCAAUAAGAGCAAAAGGCAAAAAAUCAACAACAAACAGCAAGUGCCGCCUUUGUAAAGAAGCAGAUGAAACCGUGGACCACCUAACCAGCUGUUGUAAAAAGAUCGCAAAGACUGACUGCAAACAAAGGCAUGACAAGGUAGCAGGGAUGAUACACUGGAACAUUUGCAAAAAAUACAAGCUACCUGGAGCCAAACAUUGGUGGGACCAUAAAAUUGAAAAAGUUGAAGAAAAUGAAGAUGCAAAAACAUUAUGGGACUUCCGACUACAAACAAACAUCUGCCACACAAUACACCAGAUAUAACUGUAGUCGAGAAGAAAGAAAAACAAGUCAAAAUAAUCGACAUAGCAAUACCAGGGGAUAGCAGAAUAGAAGAAAAAGAAAUAGAAAAAAUCACAAAAUACAAAGAUCUACAAAUUGAAAUUGAAAGGCUGUGGCAGAAAAAGACCAGAAUGAUCCCAGUGGUAAUUGGCGCCCUAGGUGCAAUUCCAAAGCAACCUGAAGAGCACCUCAACACCACAGGGGCCACAGAAAUUACCUUCAGCCAAUUACAAAAAGAAACUUUACUGGGAACAGCCUAUAUUCUGCAACGAUAUCUAUAACAGCAACAAUAUUGUUAAUAAAAUUCAGCCAUUCCAGGUCCUUGGGAAGGACUCGAUGUCUGGAUAAAACAAACCAGUCAAUAACACCUGUCUGACUUUGCAAAUAAAUAAUAAAUUUUA